AUGAAAGGCUUCGAGAUCGGAUCUCACGUCGGCGAGAAGAGCCUGGACCACCGCGACUUUUGGCCUUUGUACAAGGUUUGGAAGAUUUUUGUUUGAAAAGAAAUAAUUUUCACAUAACUCAUUUAUUCGGUAAGUUUCUCGAUUUUUCGGAGCGAUAAUUGAUAAUAAUUCUUGAACAAAUAGUUCUUUCUAAAGGCUCUCAAUUCUCACAUGAGUCAUAAGUUAGGAGAGAUCGGAAAGGUAAUGUUGAAAAUUUUUUCAUUCUUCAUUCAAAGAGAACCCCAAAUUCAACAAAAUGUAAAAGUGACAAAAGAAGAAAGCUAGAAAAGAAAGAAAAUCUCAAACACUUUUCUUUUCACUGCUCCGGGACUCUUUAAAUAAAACAUGCGCCGAUGACACCUUCCGGAGCGUCAAAGUUUUUUUUUCCUCUAGAAACCAGUCAAAACUAGACUGCUUGAAAAUAACAGAUAGAUUACAGAUUAAAACAGCUUCAUUUUGUAAAAUCGGAGAAAGAAAGCUUUACCAAACGGACGGUCGGGUGUCGACCACGACUUUUCUUCUCAAUCAAUUUCAAUACAUGUUGAGGUGUGUGAAGAACUGGGCGCGGUUCUGUUUAUCCAUCCCUGGGACAUGCACAUGUGGGACGGACGGUUAUCCAAGUACUGGAUGCCUUGGCUCGUUGGUAAUUCGAAUUCUAAGGAACUGUGAAAGUUUGGAUAGGACACUACUUUUUUUCGCGAACGAUGAUUUUAUUUUUCGGCUUCAUUUCACUUCAAAUAUGUUCUACGCUAACUAGGGAACUACUUGGACUCGGGUACGGGUUUCGAGUUCAAACUUUAGUGGUUUAUAGACCCAAGUCAAAAUACUUGAAAAUCAGAGAAUAUCUGCUAAACCCCAUAGGCUUCUGAGAAAAACUUAGUAGAAAAUGUGAAAAUUAGGCAUGAAAAUUUUUAGAAUACUGUUUUUUACCUUAUUUUAUAUUUUAAUACAAUCGCGUUGAAUAAUCCGGCUAUGAUACACUCUAAAAAACUUUUUUCCAGCCAAAAGAAGGAGAAAAGCAGAAAUUGGAUAAUUUUCAAGCCAAAACUGUUCAUUUUCAAAAAGCUUUUUCUCAGAAGCCUAUGGGGUUUAGCAGAUAUUCACUCUUGUUUCCAAGUGCUCUCACCCGGGUCUAUAAGCCACCAAAGUUUCAACUCGAAACGCGUACCCGAGUCCGAGUAGUUCCCUAGAAAGUUCUAGCAUUCCAAAACUUUAAUUUUUGCAUUUUUCCUAAUUCGAAGAGAACUGUAGUGAGAGCAAUUGUGCAACAUAAAACAACGUGUCAAAUGAAAUUCACGAAGUAACUUUUUGUGCAAUUCAAACUUUUUCAGUUGCUUGUAGCUCAAAAGUAGAUGGACAAGUUUGGUAAAUUGGAGGAAUGCCGUCGGAAACAGCACAGGCGAUCUGCAGCGUGUUGAUGGGCAACGUGUUGGUCGAGUUUCCGAGGCUUCGCUUCUGCUUCGCCCACGGCGGCGGCUCCUAUCCGAUCAUCAGCGGUCGAGUCGCCCACGGCUACAGAGUGAGUCACGUUAUGUACCGACUCAAAACUGUUUGCGACGGAUUGCCCUUAACUCUAUGGCGCGCUGUGAGCUAGAGAUGAUAAGAGGACCAGACCAAAGUUUUGUUUCAAUUCGACAAUGAGAAUCAGAAAAAAAAAUUACGAAUAUGGUUGCGAAAGUUUUCGAAAUGAAGUUUUUGAGAUCAAAAAAUGAAUUCUGAAACAAUUCAAGGUGAGGCCUGAUCUUUGCGCUACAAACUGCGGAACUGCCCCUGACCAGCUGAACAACUUGAUUUGGACAGAUUCCCUGGUUCACGACCCCACCGCUUUGGACUUGUUGAUUGCUACGAUUGGCAAGGUUAAUUAAAAUGAAAGUUUCUUGCAUAUAGAGCUUGAGCGGAGCAUAAUUUCAACUAGAAUUCUAGAUUUUUUUGGAGAAUACUCCAAUACUCUUCGCUGUACAGAAUCAUGAUCUUUUUUUCGCUGAAGUUCCCACAUAUUCCAAAAAAGCAGCCUCUCAUAAUUUUCUUGGUUUUUUAGUAGUUCCUUCUGAACUUGCUUGAGGCUUUUUUCCAUGAGUUUGUUAUCAAUUCGGACCAAAAUAAUUGAAAAAAAUGCAGGAACACGUCGUCCUUGGCACCGACUAUCCAUUCCCUCUCGGAGAACUCGAGGUUUGAACCAAAUUGAACUUCUUUCUGAAAAACUGAGCUGAACACUACUCGUGACUAUUUUUUAUCAUUUCUUUUUAUUGAUUUAACUCUCGAAAAAUCAAGGUGUUCCGAAGCUUUAAGUUCCCCGUUAAGAAUCUUUUUUUAUUGAGAUUUCAAUGACCAGGACAACUAAUCAGUUGUUCUUCUUCCAGGUGGGGAAAGUUGUAGAAGAUUACAAGUCUUUCGAUUCCAACGACAAAGAGCGAUUGCUGUGGGGGAACGCCGUGCAAAUGCUCAAACUCGACGAAAACUCUCUUUAUUCAGUUAGUUUUUGA